UUCUUCCUCCUCCUCUCAUCUUCGCGCGCUUACGCGAAGUUUUCUUCACACCAUCGAGAAAAAUGCCAGUUUCAGCUCCGUCUCCGCCUCGUCUUCAGUCUCCGUUCAUCCACCGUCCAGUCAAUGCCACUCCGUCUACUUUCCGUUUAAUCUCCGCGAGGAAUCUCCGUUCGUCGUCAACGUCUUAUCCACGAAUCAAAUCAGAAGUCGAUACGAACACGGUAAUCGCAAUCUCUGUAGGCGUGGCGAGCGUCGCGUUAGGAAUUGGAAUCCCUGUUUUCUACGAGACGCAGAUCGAUAACGCUGCAAAGAGAGAGAACACUCAACCUUGUUUUCCUUGCAAUGGCACUGGAGCUCAGAAGUGUAGGUUGUGUGUGGGAAGUGGUAAUGUGACGGUGGAGCUUGGAGGAGGAGAGAAGGAAGUGUCGAGCUGUAUCAACUGUGAUGGUGCUGGUUCCUUGACUUGCACUACUUGUCAAGGCUCUGGUGUUCAGCCUCGUUACCUUGAUCGAAGGGAGUUUAAAGAUGAUGACUAGAUAUCUUGAAACUAGAGAACCAACACCAUAUCAAAGAGUCUCUUCUCCUCCCUUUUCUCACAAUUCUUCAGUGUGUGUUUACAUUUGUACAAUACUGUAUUUUUUUUUGCUCACCAAACAUGUGAGAAAUCAUAUGACCCAACAAGUGUUCAGUUAGAUGUUUUCUUCUGUUGUUCAGUAACUAAAAUAUGAUAAGAACGGAUCACCUUGUGUCUUCAUCUUAAGUUGAUACUAUGCUCC